AUGAUAUCCGACAGAAUUGAAGUCAUAGGGAUAGACUUUCAGAUGGUCAAGCGAGAAAGAAAAAAUCUAAAGUAUAUUCAUAUCUAUCUAUCUAUCUAUCUAUCUAUCUAUCUAUCUAUCUAUCUAUCUCAGUUUCAUCAUAGAUCUCUCAAGUUCUUCAUAUCUAUGUAUCUAUUUCAUUUUGUUCAUAUCUAUCUAUCUAUUUGUCUCAGUUCAUUCAUAUUUAACUAUCUUUCUGGCUUGUUAAUAUCUAUCUAUCUAUCUAUCUAUCGUUCUUUGUUUUUCAUAUCUAUCUAUCUAUCUAUCUAUCUCAGCUGGUUUGUAUCUAUCUAUCUAUCUAUCUAUCUAUCUAUCUAUCUAUCUAUCUAUCGUAGUUUGUUCAUAUCUCCCUAUUUCAGUUUGUUCAUAUCUAUCUAUCUCAUUUGUUCAUAUCUAUCUCCCUAUCUAUUUAUCUAUAUAUUUCAGUUUGUUCGUAUCUAUCUAUCUCUCUAUCUAUCUCAAUUCAUAUCUCCCUAUUUAUAUCAGUAUGUUCAUAUCUAUCCAUCUUGCAUAUUCGUUUCUAUCUAUCUUGGUAUAUUUCUCUCUAUCUCAGUUUGUUUCUAUCUAUCUAUCUAUCUAUCUAUCUAUCUAUCUAUCUAUCUAUCUAUCUAUCUCAAAUUAUUCAUAUUUAUCGCAGUUUCUUCAUAUCUAUCAGUCAAUCUAUUUAUCUAUCUCAGUUGCUUCAAAUUUACCUAUCUCUUUUCAUAUCUAUCUAUCUACCUCUGUUUGUUAAUAUCUGAUUAUCUCUGUUCUUAUCUAUCUAUCUAA